AUGGCAUCUAAAAAUUCAUCAACUUCGACGAGCCCCGUCUAUCGUAUUCCACCAUAUUAUUACAUUCAUGUAUUAGAUCAAAAUACAAAUGUAUCACGGCUAGAAUUGGGACCAAAAACAUUUAUUAAACAAGAAAAUGUAACAGUUAUAAUUGGACCGGAAAAAAUGGUUACUGUACCACCGAGACACUAUUGUGUUGUUGAAAAUCCUGUAGUAAAAGAUGAAGCUGGACAAGUACAAUUCGAUGAAAAUGGCCAAGCAAAAUUAUUACAUGCCGAUUUAGAUAUUAGAUUAGAAAAAGAUUAUAAGGAACCAUUUCCCCUGUAUCCCGGUGAAGUUUUGAGACAACCUGUCACACCAUUAAAACAUGUUGUGGCUAAUUCAGCAUUAAGACUAAAAGCUGUUCUGGAUUUUGAUGAUAAUGGAGAACAACGAAAAGCAGGAGAUGAAUGGUUAUUUGAAGGGCCAGGCACUUAUACACCACGUAAAGAAGUAUCGGUUGAAGAACAAAUUCGUGCUACUGUAAUCGGUUCAAAUCAAGCAAUACGAUUGAGUGCUAAAAAAGAAAUUAUCGAUCGUACGGGCCAACUUCGUGUAACCGGUGAACAUUGGCUAGUGAAGAAAACGGGUGCCUACUUACCACUGGCUUAUGAAACGGUGGUUAACGUUGAGGAUGCCUCCGUUUUGACAGAUAAAAAAGCUUUACAUUUACGUGCACUGAAAACCUUUACAGAUGAUUUUGGUCAACUACGAAAAAAUGGUGAUGAAUGGCUUAUAACAAUUGAACAAACCGAAACACAUAUAUUAAAUGUUUAUGAACAACUCGUGGACAAUGUUAGCGUAACAACACUCAAUUCACGACAGUACUGUGUCAUUUUAGAUCCAAUUUCAGAUGACGGUAAAAAUCAAUUAGGUAAAAAAAAAUUAGUUGUUGGUGAAAAAUCAUUUUUUCUACAACCUGGUGAGCGAUUAGAAAAGGGAAUUCAAGAUGUGUAUAUAUUGGGUGAAGAUGAGGGUGUUAUAUUAAAAUGUAUUGAAUCGUUCGAUGAUGAAUCAGAUGAUGAGAGACGUAGACCAGGUGACAGAUGGAUGGUAAGAGGACCAAGAGAAUAUAUACCACCGACACAAGUCGAAGUAUUACUGAGAAGAAAAGCGAUACCUUUAGAUGAAAAUGAAGGUAUCUAUGUUCGUGAUAUUAAAAGUGGUCGUGUUCGAGCGGUUGUCGGUCAAACAUACAUGUUAACGCAGAAUGAAGAACUGUGGGAUAAAGAAUUGACAGAACAAGUUGAAACUUUACUGAUGAGAGAUCCUCUCACUGAUAGAAUGAUUAAAGUAAAAGAUACAACUACCAAAUCACAAACAAAACGCGAGAAAUUUAAAGUAGUUACAUUUCGUGUUCCACAUAAUACAGCCGUGCAAGUGUACGAUUACAAAGCAAAACAUGCAAGAAUUGUUUUUGGACCUGAACUAGUUAUGUUGGGACCUGACGAACACUUUACAUUAAUUAAUCUCUCUGGCUCUGUUCCAAAAAAACCAAAUCAAAUUCGAUCAUUAGCAUUGUUAUUAGGUCCAGACUUUUUAACCGAUAUCAUCGUUGUUGAAACAGCUGAUCAUGCCCGAUUAUCAGUUCAGUUGUCCUGCAAUUGGUUUUUCGAUACCAAGGAUCGAACUGAUGAGACAGAAGCACAAAAAUUAUUUAGUGUUCCUGAUUUUAUUGGUGAUGUAGCUAAAGCUAUUGCCAGUCGAGUCCGUGGUGCUGCUGCUGGUGUUCAAUUCGACGACUUUCAUAAAAACUCAGCAAGUAUCAUUCGAGCUAGUGUAUUUGGUGUAGAACUUAUACCAGAAACAACAACAUCCACCGACAAGCAAUCAACACCUCAAACUCGCGUUCGUGAUCGUCUUGUAUUCCCACAAAAUAACUUAGUUAUAACAUCCAUUGAUAUCCAGUCUGUUGAACCAGUCGACCAACGCACUCGAGAUGCUUUGCAGAAGAGUGUACAAUUAGCGAUUGAAAUAACUACAAUGAGUCAAGAAGCGGGUGCAAAACACGAAGCAUCAAGACGUGAACAAGAAGCAAAAGGUUUUCUAGAACGCCAAAGAAUCAAAGAUGAAGCAGAAGCAGAGGAAGUUCGUAAAUCUCUAUUAGAAUUGCAAGCGCUGUCGGCUGCCGUUGAGAGCACAGGUCAAGCCAAAGCCGAAGCUCAAAGUCGUGCAGAAUCAACACGUAUCGAGGGCGAAGCAGCCGUUGAUCAAGCACGUUUGAAAGCUGAAGCCUCAAAAAUUGAGGCCGAGGCUGAAUUGAACCGUUUGAAAUUAGCACGUGAAGCGGAAGUAAAAUAUAUGAGAGAGCAAAAUGAACUUGAAAUCAAUAAAAAACAAAAUAUGUCACAGAUAGAAAUCGAGAAAUUUCAGCAACAAGUAGAAGCCAUUGGUGCAGAAACAAUUCAGGCUAUUGCCACAUCAGGUCCAGAAACGCAAGUAAAACUAUUGCAAGCGCUCGGUUUACAAUCAACAUUAAUUACAGAUGGUCGUAGUCCAAUAAAUCUUAUGAAUUUUGGCCAAAAUUUAUUAGGCGAAACAACUGGUGCGUUAUAA